CCAAAUUUAAAUGCCAGGCGACGCAGCGGCCAAGCGCGAACUCCAGCGCAACAAGCAGCGCGAGUUCCGCGCCAAGGUCCAGCACCAGCUCAGCUUCCUCCGCGACCGCGUUGCGACCCUCGAGACCGAGCUCCAGACGCUCAAGCGCGACAAGGCGCUCGGGCUCUCGUGGGUCGACGUUGCACGGGCCAUGCGCAAUGACGUCAAGGUCGAGCAGCGCGCGACCAAGAAGCUCAAGGCGUCCGUGGCCGACCAAGCCGCCUUUCUCGAGGCUAUGCUGCGCUGGGUCCACUCGCUCUACCCGGCCGUCGAGCGAUCGCCGUCGGCGUAUCCGCUCUGGUUCAACGUCGGUCUCGGCGGCAGCGACACGACGCGCCGCGCGGCCUUGGACUGGAUCACGCAGCACAUGUACUUCCACACGCCCACGGUGCUCUGCGCCGCGGGCUUUCACCCGACCGACCGGUUCCCGAGCCAGAAUUUUGUAUUCGACACGUCCAAAGGGUACAACGAGUACAUUUACACGGACCGACGCUUCAUUCCCGCGAGCUUGGCGCGGGUCUUUGCUGCGUACAAGCACCUUUACCACACCAACUCGGUCGAGUUUGUCGUCGCGGGUCGCAAGGUCCUCGAUCAAAAGCUCUUUGGCGACGAUUUUAUCUACAGCCGGCGCAAGUCCAAAAAGGACGGUAGCGUCCACCGCGAGUUUGUCUCGGACCACCAGGUCGUGCACGUCCAGCACAGCGUUCACGACGACAGCAGGCACCCACUGGGCGCGAUCCACCGCCACCGCACGACCUGGAUUGUGCUCGAUGCGAUCGCGCCAGAUGUGGUCAUGGAGACGCGGUACUUCCACAAGUCGCAAGCGUGGAUGCGGGAGAGUGGCUACGUGCCCAUCGAGGUCGAGGCCGACCUCACGGGGUACUUCAACGAGUACAAGGCGGCCGUGGACCGCGAUGACUUUGCCAUGCUGCCGCUCUCGGUGCAAGAAGACCAGCUCCGACUCCAUAUGGCCAAGACCUAUCCGCGCUGCAUGAAGAUCCUCAACUACGAACUCGAUCAAGUGCUGCGGGAGCAUGCUUCGCGCCAAGCUACAUCGAUCGAACUCGUUUAAUUUGAUGGCGUGAUCGGGUGCGGGAUACAGUCGUGUUAGCCGGCAGAAGAGCGAUCAUAAGGUGCAAGCUCGACCUGUUUCGAG